GUUGAGCUGCUGUGUUUGUUUCACCGGGCGGAGACCAGCGCGGAUUACCGGGAAUAGAAGCCCGUUCCACCGCAGCAUGAGCGAAGGGACACCCCACACCGCCAUGGCGGAGGCCAACCGCCUCCAAGCCCCGCAGCGGAGACGAUCUCCCCGGUUCGGUUCUCCGGGAGUUCUGCGGGGAAACGAGAGCAAGAUGGCGCUGGGAGCGAAACGGACCAUCACGGUGAGGAAGAUCGUCCCCAGGAACACCGCCGCUCCGUCCGAAGACAACAAGGAAAACACUCCGAGGAGGUCCGGGAACCUCCGGCAGACAAAGCUCUCAUCCCCGGAACCGGACCGCCGGACCCCCUCCGUCUCCUCCGCCGUGAAGAGGAGCCAGCGGGCCUCCGUGCCCCCGGCCAGCCUCUCCUCCUCCUCCUCAGCCGGGCGGAGGGAGACGCGGCAGGCCGCCGCGCCGUCACCCAUCCUGGCCUCGCCGGACCCGGAGCAGCCGGACCCGGAGCAGCCGGACCCGGAGCAGCCGGACUCGGAGCAGCGGGACCCGGAGCAGCGGGACUCGGUCUGGACCCGGAAGGUCCGCCGCUCCUACAGCAGGCUCAGCGACAGCUCGCCCCACAGCCCCCGGAAGAGAGAGACUCUGUUCGGCUUCGAGAAGCUAAGCACCCCGGAGGUGGUCCGGAACCGGGCCGAACAUUCCGGGACGUCUCUGGAGGUUUCCGGGUCUUUCGUGUCUGUGUUGGAGGCGGAGGAAGGCUGUUCCGGACCGGACCCGAACAUCCCCGGGGUGGUGGUGGUGAAGGAGAAGAGGAGGAAGCGGAAGGUGCUGCCCAUCGACACCGAGGAGCUGGAGGUUCUGGCGGCCCAGAUGAACGCCGAGUUCCGGGAGGCGGAGGAGUUCGACCUGGUGGUGGAGUGAAGAGGCCCAGGACGGCCAGAACCAGAACUUCUGGACUAAUCACAGACUGGGGGGUUGGGGGUUCUGCAGAUUUGGUUCCUAGUUUUUUCAUCAUAACAGAAAAGAGGAAACGCGGUUCUGUUUACAGAAUGGACCGAACUGCAGCUUUAGGUUCUGUUAGAAAUCCGCUUUAUGUGAAUUUGUUCUCCUUCAUUAUGUGUAGAUCAGCUGGAUCAGAACCUCUGGAAGCUGAAACACGCUGGGCUUUAAAAGGUUCUGGAAAUGUUCUGUUAGGUUCUGUUGGAUCCAGCCCGGUUCAUCAGUACUUUAGCGCCGUGAUGCUGGAAAAGAUGCGGAACCAGAUUACUUUCUGCUGUUAAAUGGGCCCAGCUGUCAGAAAGAGGAACAUCUGUAGCUCUUGUUGUUUUCGGACUCAGAACCGGGUUUGUGUUCUGAAAUUAUAAUAAAUCCAGAAAACCAGAACA